GUCGGUGCAGCUGUCAGUGCACAGAGCGGAGCGUCACGACUGGCAGGAGGCUUUUGUGGACGGACAGCGGCUUAAAAUCAUGCAGCUCAGCGACGGUCCGUGCAGUUUAUCACAUUGUCUCAAGUACAAUACGCGUCAGGUCUUACACUCUCACAUUUAGCGUGUGGUCAACGAGGCGACAGAGAAGGAGAUUUUCUUUUGUGUGUGUGUUUUUUUUUUAUCUCCAAAGCUGACGGCGGAGUGUCGUCUGCUCUGCACGGUCCGUCCGACACAACUAGUCCAGACAUGAGUAACGUUAAUCUGAUUUUUUGGGACCAGUUGCAGGCUGGCAGCUCCGAGGUGGACUGGUGUGAAGGCAAUUACCUUAUUUACCCCAGCAUCGCUGAAUUUUACAACACGAUCAGCAACAUUUUGUUUUUUGUUUUGCCGCCCAUAUUAAUGUGCUUGUUCCGCCAAUAUGCAACACAUUUCAACAGUGGGAUUUACCUCAUAUGGAUUCUUCUGGUUGUGGUUGGUAUUGGAUCAACGUAUUUUCAUGCCACCCUCAGCUUCCUUGGCCAGAUGCUGGAUGAGUUGGCCAUCUUAUGGGUGCUCAUGUGUGCCAUUGCCAUGUGGUUCCCUAAGAGAUACCUACCCAGGAUGUUCAGGAGGGAUCGGUCAAGGUUCAAAGUGGUCAUUGGCAUCUUGUCAGGAAUCACCACAGGGUUGGCCUUUGUUAAACCUGUUGUCAACUCACUGUCACUUAUGACUCUGGGAAUCCCCUGCACUGCGCUGCUCAUUACUGAGCUUAAAAGGUGUGAAAACCCACGUGUGUUCAAGCUGGGCUUGAUCUCAGGGAUCUGGUGGGCGCUGGCUCUGCUUUGCUGGAUCAGUGACAGGAUAUUCUGUGAAAUGUGGUCAUCUGUCAACUUUCCCUACUUACACUGUGCUUGGCACAUCCUUAUUUGUCUGGCCUCUUACUUGGGUUGUGUUUGCUUCGCCUACUUUGACGUUGCAACCGAGGCCCCGGAGCGAGGACCCGUCAUCAUGUUCUGGCCCAAUGAGAAAUGGGCCUUCAUCGGUGUGCCGUAUGUCUCCUUGCUCUGUGUCCACAAGAAGUCUACGAUCAAGGUGACUUAAAGUGACCUGAGUCUGCUGCUCAGCUGGUUGUGCUUCCACACUCCUCCCCAGCAUGGUUUCAAACAGCAUGGCAACAAGAUGCACCACCACGUCUGUGAGUCGGGUGACGUCCACUGGUGCUGUAGUGACUCUAUGACGUAGGUGAUGCACAUUUUGGCCAACUGCAGGGAUUAAUCUUUUCCUUGUUCCUUCCCUGGUCUGGUCUUCAUUACACACCAGUCUUUAUGCAACUCUGUCAAAGAACAAAAGGUUUCACAAAAUGAGUCUAACAUGACACAGAAUGACUUUUUAAGUAACACAGUAUCAAAGCCAAGAAACCUUUACAGUGUUCCAAAUGCAUUCUCAGGCUUCACAUGAGAGAUCAUGUAAUCUCUUUAAGAGUCAAAAUAUUAUUGGUAUCAUGCAUUUCAAGCUUCUUUCAAGAGAAGAUUUUGUAACCUCAUUAUAAAGCAUUAUAUUGCCUUUAUAAACAUAAAUAUAGCACCUCAUAGGUGCAGUCUGGCCGUUAUGAAACCAUGUUUAGAAACAAUAAAUUACUGGAUUCAUUAACUGUGAUUAAUAAUGCAUUAUUUACUAAUGCAUUAAAACUCGAAGUAUCAACAAGCUGGUGCGUAAGAUGUUACAGAAGGUAAUUCACACAAAGCCUAAUGUAUUUCAAAUACAUAAUGGGUUCAUGCUAUUACACCUGCCCUUUGUGUCGACAGGUAUUUUGAUGAAAGAAACCCAGAAAAACAAAAUACUUCUUUCUAUUAUGGGUGUGCUAUGUUUUUCUUCCAGCAUGCCACAGUGAUUGUUCAAGAUAGUAUAUGAGAAAUGUUUAAUAUAUUCCUGUCUGUAUUUACUAACAGCAUAAUAUGCAGUUAUUUUCCUAGGAAAAGCGUAUCAUUGAGAUAUUACGGAAUGAAUAGGUACCCCUUGAUACUGGCCAAAAUCCAAAGUAAAAAAAAAAAACAGAAUGUAAAAAUCAAAAUGUAUUGAAAUACAAUUGACAAUUCAAGUAAAUAAUUUCUUAUUUUGCACAAAAUGAAAAAUGGUUCUCAAAGCCUUUUGCUUGCACAGUAUAUAGCACUUCAGAACACGACAAUUACAAUUAUUUACUCCAGUUACCUAGUUCAUGCACAGCUUUUUCACUCAGACAUCUCAUCUCUUAAAUUGCUCUUCAGGGUUAUUUAUCCCAGCCUCAGUAUUUUAGACAUUGUGCUAAAUGUCAGUGAAACUAAACUGUGCAAGAAGCCUUAAUCAAUCAGAAUAAUGGAUUAAAGUUUCACAAUUUGUGAUGUAUACUUUGCAUUCUUAGACACUGUUGGCUCUAAAUGGAGAAAAACAGUCAGUUAACAAUCAGUUAACAUUAGGUAGUAAAUGGAUGAGAUGUGUAGUUUAUAGCAGGGGAAAUAAUGGGACAAGUUAGGAUUUUAUUACCUCUGACCUAAAAGUAACAUGCUAAUUUAGCAGCAAAAAAAUUAUUGAGACUCUCUGUGUAGAGUUAAAAGGGAAAUAUGUUUGGGUGUUGCAAAGCAAAACAGUAACACUAAAAGACAAAGAUUACCAGAGCUUUUUCACCUCAAACCAUUGUUGUACAUGUUGUUCUUAGAAGCUGCCUCAAGCUGUUUAACUAAUAUUAUUUUACUCCUGUCCUCCUGCUGAGGCUUCUGGGAACUCAGACCCCUAAAAUAACUUGUGCUUGCAUGAAGGAUGAAAUGAAGGAUUAUGAUUUACAAAGAAAAACAACUAUUUUCUUGAGAUUCUGAAGUGAUUUUUUAACAACAUGAAGUAUUUUGUUAAAUCCAAAAACCAUUUAUAUUUUUGUAAGUGAAGUGCAGCCAAAAUCUAAGCAACUGCCUAAAUGGUGAAUUAUUUUGAUAUAGUAUUAUUCCUACAUUUGUGUUGCCAAACAUUGUUGCAAACCAUUUCUUUUUUUUUAUUGUAACUUUAGGAAUAACUUUGGAAACAGUAUUGAUAGCGUGAACAGAGUAGUUGUAGUGCCAAGAAUACUUAGAUUGUGCUGCAGUAAUAUACUGAAUCAUACAUCUGGUGGUUGUUUGCAUGAUGCAGAGAACAAGAGAAAUGUAACAAGUUGAGAAUUAGCAUCAGUGAAUUAGCAUCAGUUAAAGGACUUUGUGUGAACAGAAGAGUCUGUUUAAUGCUGCCCUCGUGAUGUUUGUCUUGGCAAGAGGGAUGAUUAUGAUCUCAUAACAAUGACUUGUCUUUUUUAUGGACUUACGUGUGUCUAUAAAUCUCAUUUGUUUUCUGCUUGCAUUGACAAUACAGACAAACUGCACAGAAUAUUUAUUUUCAUAAUUUAUCCUGUUUUGUAAACAAAUAUUUGUAAUAGAUUAGAACAUACUUUUAUUUUAUGCAAUAAACCAAGCCUCUACUCAGAA